AACCAAUUCUCAAUAUUUUGUGUUUCACCAAUAAUUCAGUUUUCAUGUCGGCCCCGUUACAAUGAUUCAUUCCACUACCACCAGAUGUCAGCCGCUUCGCUUUCUAUCGCGAAUGCAGAUGCCGUUCGAUUUUGAAUUGAGGCGAAAGAGAUCUACUUCCAGUGUAACCAGAUAACACAGAACAAAACUAUUGAUUCAUUUAGUCUUUUUCCAAAUAACAAACAUUUAAGGUACAAAGUAUUUGUUGAAUAUAUUUUGUAAAUUUAUGAUGAUUUAAGAAAAAAAAAGGUACAUUUAUACACCGACCGACCUAUGAAGCGUAAUAUUUUUUUCUUUAGAUUUACUAUUACGCGUUACCUCACGAAUACCAUUGACGAGUGGUGAGAAAAACGCAGACCAUUUAUCAAUAUGUAUAUGGUUCUUCCACAAACAAAAUACAACUUGGCUUUGUAAAUUUAAUUUAUUCAAUUAAUAAUUAAUAAUUACGGAUGUUCCACUAGCAAUAUUAAGUUAUUAAGCUUAUUAAGUUGAUAAUUAAUUCAUUGUUUAUAAUUUUACACUAGUAUAUCAUUUUGAUUAUCAAUCAGGUGUUGGUCUUAAUAUCGCCAUCUAGUAGAGAUCUGAAUUUUAAAGUGACACACAACUGGGGUGUAUGACCUAACAUUUGUCUUCACAACAGUAUUGCCGAAACACGACACAACAUCUCUAUAUUACUCAAUGAUCUACAACUACGAAGACAUUAUUAACGAAUGAUAAAAAUACUGAAUUCUGUUGCGCAUUUGUUAUAUAAUCAUUAUAAUAUCACCAGACAGUAAUGGUAAGUACAAAACACGUGAUUACAUAAAUUCGACCAAAUACAUGUGAUAUAAAUUAUGCGCAUGCGCAUUUGUCCCAAUUCCCCUUAGGUAUGUUUGCUUCAAACAUUUAGUCAAUAGCUCUAUCCAUAGUAUAUGAUGUAAGGUAACUGCAGAACCGAGUAGUGAUAACCCUCAUUCUACGAUAGCAACAUUACUGUAGGUAAUUACCUUUUAAAUACUUUUGUUGUUAUUCAUAAAUAAGAAGUAUUAAAAUAAUGUUUUAAUUCAAUGAAUGAAGGAUUUUUAGUUUUAUAUACAUGAUAGUUAUGUUUUUGUUUUAUUUGUUCUAUUUGUCCCAAAAUAAUAUUUAAAUUUUUAAUAUACUAGGUAUCCCGCCUGGUAUUGCCCGUGUCAGUAUUAAGCAUAGACAUAUUAAGAUAAUAAUAUGUCUAUGGUAUUAAGUUUAAUAUUAUGCUAAAUUAUUAUUUUUUCACUAUUGAACUGAAAAAAAAUAGUUAAGAUAACUGAUAAUGAAACUCGAGCAAAGCUAUCGAUUUUUUCUUUUAGUGAUACGCCAUAGAUUUGAGAUUAUAUUAACAUAAUCUGUGAUAGUACUAGAAUUUUAAUGUAAAUACAAGAAUUUAAUAGCUACAAUACGAGAAUAUCUGUUUGAGAAUAUGGCUUCCCUGAUACCUUUUUGAUAUAUAUUUACAACUUAUUUUUAGAAACUUAGGAAACAAAUAACUACAAUUUUUAAUUUGUUAUUUGUUUAAAAUUUUUAAAAGUACUAAUAUUUAAAGACCAAUGGUUAAUAGUUUGUUUUAUAUUCAGUAGUUUAUAAUUUAUAACAUUUCGUACUUUCAUUUAAACAUUAUUCAUUUUAAUUUAAAUAAUAUGUAUUUUUCGUGAUAUUUAAAUUUAAAUUCAGUUUAGCUAUAGUGAAUAACUGGUAUUAUAUUAGUUAAUAUUUCAUUAAGUAUUACGAUUUAGUACGCUUCAUUCUAUAUCGUGCUACAAGUAAGUACUUAUUGUUUAAUAGAUAUUUCGGUAAGUUCUAUAAAUAAGUAUUUUAUAAUUGACUAAAUAUUAUUUAAUUUUAGUAAUUUCAAAUAGUUAUGGUGAAUUUGUUCAAUGUGAUCAGUGGUCAUUAUUAAUUCAAUUAACCCUUUUAUUAGGAUUUUUUGUAAUUUUGUAAUUUUAUAGCAUUAUUGGCCACCAUUUGAUAUAAUGAAAUAUACAAAUAUUAUUUUCUUGUUUAGUACCUACUUAGUAAGUACUGAGGCCAUUCCUAUAAUAUUUUUAUUACUCUUUUAUUAAGUAUAUUGUAUAGUAUCUGUAUCUAUAUGAUCAAAGGUUAAACUGAGCCUUGUUAAAAAAUGGAAUACCUUGCCUUCACUUCUAUUAAUUUUGUUAUAAUAUAUUAUUUUAGUUAUUUUAUAAUAAAAAACUUUUUAAUUCAACCAGAUUUCCUCUGAUGGGUAUGUUUAUUAAAUACUUAUUUAUUUCAUAAGAUGUUUAAACACCUAGUUAAAUUAGUCUGAUUUAUCAGACUUAUAAUUAUUAAGUUUAAUAUUUAUAUAUUAUUAAUAGUAUUCAAGUUUUUUGAUGAAUUAACGUCAAAUUUAAAAUGUGUUGCAGCAAUGAAUGAAAAUUAUAAAAAUGUUGAAGUAAUAAUAACUAGCAAACAAAUUACACUUAUGACUAAUGUAUGUAAACAUUAAAUUGGACAGUCAAAUUGUAAAAUACCAUCAAUUAUGGAUAUAAUAUGUCAUCAAUUAAAUGAUAUAAACAUUACAACUAAUAAUCUAGAAGCAAUUUUGAAUUAUGAAACGUUAGAAUUAUUAUCUGAAUUGGAACCUGAUCAAGUGUUUUCAUUGGUAAUAAGUAACAACAAUUUUAAAUAUACUUUAAAUAAUUGUGUAGAUGUUAAUAUGCAAAUGCAAUUGAUGAAUAUAUUUUCAAAACUAAAAUUUUUGAAAUUAAAUCAAGCAAAAACUAUUAUUUUAGAUAUGAUAGAUAAUUCAAGUUAUUUAGAACGUUUUUAUUGUUCUCUCAGAGAUUUUAUCAAAGCUGGAGGUUUAAUUAGCAAAACUAGAUUGCUAGAAUUCUUCACUAAUUGUAAUUCUUUAUUAGAAAUUAUGACUAAUCCAAAUUCUACAACCCUGUUAAAUGAGAUUAUACAAUUUAUUAAAUCUAAUUCAAUGGAUUUUAAACAAUUAGAAUUAACAAAUGAUAAUUUAAAGACUGAACAAAUGUUACAAGUGUUCAAAAAUUUAAAAGCUACUAAUUGUAUUAAAUAUAAAGUUAAAAGGUGGCCAGAAUAUUAUAAAAACCUAUCUAUUUAUCCUACAACUACAGAUAUCACCUCAAAAAUUGUGAUUUUAAGUACAAAUAUAAUCAAUGGAAUUUAUGAAAAUGUUGAACACUAUUUAGAUGUACAAUUCCGUUUACUUCGUGAAGAUAUUAUUGCUCCAAUACGAGAAGGUAUUCAGUUUUAUACAACUAUGUAUAAACUUAAUCAUGAUGUACUGUCAAUGCCUAAUAUGCAUAUUUAUUUUAGAGCAAAAAUAGAAAAAAAAGUUAAAAAUCAAAAAUCGUUAUAUAUAGUUAAUUUUUAUACAGAAAAAAAUUGUUCAGUUGAUUCAAAAAGAUUUAUGUUUGAAUCACUGUUAGUAUUUAGUGAUGAUUAUUUUAAUUCUAUGUUUUUUGCUAAAGUUAUUAAAAUUAAGCGAGAUGCAUUAUUUAAAACACUGGUAAUUGAACCUUUGGGUAAUGAAACAAUAAAAUUGAAUUCUCUUUAUACUAUGGCUGAAUCUGAUGCAUACUUUUUACCUUACAUGUAUUCCAUGAAAGUUUUGAAAACAUUUAAUAUUUGUAAUUUUCCUAUGAAAUCAUAUAUUGUGUAUGGAAAUACUAAACCUAAGGUUCCAGCAUACUUAACAUAUAAUUCAAAAAUGUACAAUAUUAAUGGUCUACAGUUUGAUAUUUUAAAUGAUAAGUGUUGGCCAGAUAACACGUUUUUAGGACUUGACAAUGCACAAAGUAUGGCAUUUAAAGCGGCAUUAACAGAAGAAUUUACUGUUAUUCAAGGUCCACCAGGUACUGGUAAAACAUAUAUUGGCCUUCGUAUAGCAAGAAGUAUAAUAGAGAAUAUGUAUGAAACAAAUAUCCUUAGAAGCCCAAUUGUAGUUAUUUGUUAUACCAAUCAUGCUUUAGAUCAGUUUCUCGUAGGUUUACUUAAUAUCACUAAAAAAAUUGUAAGAAUUGGUGGUGGAUGUAAAUCUGAUAUUUUAAAAGCAAAUGUAGUUGGAAAUAUUCAAAGUCCUUCAGCAAAACAACACAUAAUGCAUUCACAUGUGGUUGGUCUUACUACUACUGGAGCUUCAAUGCGAUAUUCUCUAUUAGUCAACAUAAAACCUCCUAUUGGUAAAUAUAUUAUUAGUCUAUAAUUUAGUUUAUUGUAUGUAAAAAAUUAGAGUAGAGUUAUUUUAAAAAUGUGACUGAUAUAAAAUAUUAUAUUAAAUUAUUAAUAAUUAUUUAAAUAAAAUGUAUAGUUUCAAAAUUAGGUAGGUACUAAAGAACAAGAUAUACAGAAUGUAAAAAUGCAAUAACUUGUUCAAUAUUUUGAUUUUUUUUUUUUUUUUUUUUUGUAAGUGGUAACUUAUUAUAAGCAUUACAUUAUGAUUCUUCUAUUAUAUUUUGUUUAAAUUCAAAAAUGUAAUUUUAUUUUUAUUUAAUAGAACUUUUUUUUAAAUAUUUUUUAAUACAACAUUUUGGUGUUAUAAAUAUUUAUGAUAAAUCAUUAAGUUUUUAAAAUAUUAUGAAGUUUACAAAAAUCAUUAAUGCAAUUAUUUUUCAUAAAAAAAUUGGUGUAUCAAUUGAUGUUAUUUACUAGUGGCAAAAAAUAAUAUUAACUAAUAGACAAAUUUUUUUUGAGAAAUAAUUUUAUUAAUGGUUUUUGUAAACCUCAAAAAAAUAUAGAAACUUAAUGAUUCACCCUUAUACAUAUUUGUAACACCAACAUUUUGUUUAAAAUAUAUUUAUACAAAUUGCUCUUUUGUAUUUUUCAAAAAAAAAAAAAAUUUUUUUAUUUUUUGUUGAAAUAAAAUAAAAUUAAGGGAAUCUGGAUGGGCCACUGUUUUAAAUGAGAAGUUUGGUAGAUAGGAAAGCACUUCUUUAUUCUUUUAAAGGAAAAUUUUAUGUAUACUUGUGCGCAAUGAUUAAUCAUUGCUUACAAAAAACAAUUCUGAGCGGAAUUUGGUUAUACAUGUUUUAAAAGUCUGUAAUAUUUACAAUUUUUGUCAAAAAUGUAGUAUUAAAAUGUUCAUUAAAAAAAAAUACUACAUUAAACUCAACAUGUUUUCUUAUUGACCACUAAAUGCAACUUAUAAUGAACCUCCUGUUAAAUGUAUUACCAUAUCUGUUUAGUCUAAACAAUUUCAUCUGUAGAGUACCUACUGAAUAAAAAUUAGGUAAAAAAAUUCAUAAAAUUAAAAUGUCUUAUAAAUUGCUCAAAAAUAGCUCAAAUGUUUUAAACAUUUUAUUACAUUUAGAAAAAGCAAAUAUACUUAAUUUUUGUAAAGGGAUAAAUAUAAAAAUAUAAUUGUUCUUUAAACAGAUGCCCUCCAUAAAAAAAAAAAAAAAAUAAUUGUAAAUCAAAAUAUUUAAUAUUAUCAACUCUAGAAAAAUCCGUUGAACACAGUGGGAAGCCAUAGUUUUUUGAAAUUGAUAACUUGUUAUACUUAUAUUAAUAUUGAUAUUUUUGUACUAAUGUGUUUUUAAUGCCAAUGAAUAAUAAUUGUUUGAAAAUUCACAGUUAUUGUGGAAGAAGCUGCUGAAGUUUUAGAAUCAUAUGUAGUUACAUCUUUAACAAAAUUUUGUCAACAUGUUAUUUUAAUUGGCAAGUAAUAAUUUAUUAAAAUAAUACUAACAACUUUUAUUAAAAUAAAUAAUGAAGAUAAAUAUUUUUCUCAACAAUUUUUCAGUUUUUGUUUUUAAAUGUUAAUAUUUAAAAUAUUAUCUAAAGAAAGUUAUUUAUGUUUGAGAGUGGCCUGUUAAGUAUGUAUUUACAGGGGGAGUUUUGAGUCUUUUCAGGUAAAAAUACUUUUGUUCAAGAAAAAAUUUUAAAUGUAUAAAUAAGUAAAGUAGGAGUAUUAUGAUAUGUGUGUUCAUUUAUUUAUUUUUUAUUUCCACAUAUAAAUUAUUUAUUGAUAUAUUUAUUUAUGAGUAUUAACCAUUUAAUAAUUUUGUUUUACUUAUUAUUUCAUUAAAAAAUUAUAAGAAUUUUUAUUUAAUUUGAUUAAUAUUAUGUAUUAAUUUUUGGUCUACUAAGACUUUAAAUGAUAAAGUAAUGUAAAAUUUAAUUAUAAUUUGCUUAAUAUUUUAAUAUUAUAAUAAUAUUUAAAGAUUUAGUGUUCUUAUAAUAAUGCCUAUUGUUCCAUAGAAAAAUGUAUUUAUUAAAAAUAUUAUCACACAAUUAUUAAUUAUGAUUUUUAGGUGAUCACAAACAACUCCGCCCCAGAACCGCAUCAUUUACUCUUUCAAAACAGUUUGAUUUUGAUGUUUCAUUAUUUGAAAGAAUGGUACAAAAUGGAUUUCCAUAUCAUACUUUAGUUACACAAUACCGAAUGUGUCCUGAGAUAUCUGCUUUGAUGAAACCUAUUUAUCCUAACUUAAAAAAUCACGAAUCAGUUAUUAAUAGAGGUGAUAUUCGUGGUGUUACUAAAAAUGUAUAUUUUAUUCACCAUGAAAUGCAAGAAGAGAAAGUAAGUAGUAUACAUAUUAAUUUUAGUAAUUAAAACAGUAAUUAAUUACACAUCACACAUGUGAUGAUUAUAUUGUGUAAGAUUAUUGUUAUAUUUCAUCUAUUUUUAUUAUAAUAUCUACUAUAUUAAUUAGAGUACAAUAAUUUUAAUUCUUAAUGAAUUUUCUAAAAUAUUAUUUUAUUAAUUUAGGUAAUUGGUUCUAAUAGUUACAAAAAUAUUCACGAAGUAAAAUUUUUUAUGGAAUUUGCCAGAUAUUUGUUUAAUCAAGGCUAUCGCCAAGACCAAAUAACUAUACUAGUUACUUAUCAAGCACAAUUAUUAGAACUACAGAAAGUAAUACCAACAUUUUAUAACAGAAAUAUAUUUUAGAUUCUGAGCGGAGCAAGGAGUGUAAUGGUUUAUUUUUUUUAAUCUGAACAACUUUUUAUCAGCGCUUUUGCUCCAAUUUACAAUUAUAGCACUUUUUCUGGAAGAAAAUCUAACUGGGGUGAUACCUUAAGGCUUAAAGAGGUAAUUUCUUGGUUUUCCUAGAUGUUUUCCCGUAAAAAAACAUGAGAUAACUGAGAAAAAUGUAAGAAAUGCAGAUAUAAGUAAAGAAAGACGGAUAUACCUCACAUAUUGGUAGGCCACUGUUUAGAAGUUGGAAAGAAAAUAAAGGGGACAAAAAAUGAUUUUGAGCAGAGUUUGGUUGAUAGUGUUGCUUUGUCAACAAUAUUAUAUGACAAAAUAUGUCAUAUCAAGGAAACUUAAGAUACAGCUAUAUAUGACAUUACUGCGUCCAGUUAGAACUUAUGAAGUGAAAACAUGGCCACUACGAAAAGAAGAUGAAAAAAAGCUGAUAGUCUGGGAGAGAAAAAUUUUAAGGUGAAUUUAUGGAACAUUAAAGGAUAGCAAUAGCAAUCAGUGGAGGAUAAGAAUAAUGAGCUAGAAUUACUUUUCCAUAAGCCAAAUAUAUUGGAAAUAAUAAGGAAUUAGAGAAAUAUCUCAUAUGUGGUAAGACGACCUAGUUAGAAAAGAUGUAAGUGCCUUAGGUGGAGGAUCAGAUUGGAAGGAACGAGUAUCUGACAAAGAUGACAGGAGGAAGGGGUGUUUUAAGGGAAUGUCCUAGUGGCCAUUUACCUAAAGAAGAAGAAGAAAAAGAUUAUGGUAAAAUAAUUAUAAAUGCAUUAAAGAUUUUCUUAAAUGAUAUUUAUUUAAUAUUGUACCUGUUUUCUUGUUUUUCCUACGUAUUAGGCUUUCUCCCUAAUAUACCAUCCCUGUUAGAUUUCAGAAAAAGUGCUAUCAUUGUAAAUUGGAGCAAAAUUGCUUGUAGAAAAGUUGUUCACAGGAAAAAAAGUCUGUAAUAUUUUUUUUAUUAAUACCUACAUUUCGUAAAUUGUCCCAUUUUUUUCCAGGUUCUUCCCAUUUGUUGGGAAAACUCCUGGGAAAAUCAAAGAAUCCAAAUAAGCUAUAUUCUUAAUAAAUUGGAAAAGCAGGAAAAUAGGUACAAUAUUAAACAAAUAUUAUUAAAAAGAAUAUAUAAUGCAUCUGUAAUUAUUUUACCAUAAUAUGACAUGUUAUACAUAUAUUAUUCACAAAACAACACUAUUAUCUGAACUCCGCUCAGAAUCGUUUUUUCGUUAGCAAUAAUAAAUCAUAGCGUAUAAAUAUAUAUUACAUUUUCUCUCUACCUUCUCAACUUCUCACCUACUAAAGUGGCAAAGUAUGAGUCUUUUUAUUAAUUAUAUUUAUCCUUUUUAUUAUUUCACUAAAAUUAAUAAAUCAAUUUAUACUUAUUAAAUGAAAUAAUUAUGUGUAUUAUUUCUUACGGUACACCUAAAAGUAAAAUCAUUUAUUUCAAAAUAUCUGUAAAUCAUAUUAUCAAGUAUUUAUAAAAUUUCAAUUUUUUUUUUUUCUUUAAAAUUCUAAUAAGUUUAUAUUUUAUAAGGAUAAAAACACAUGAAUAUAGAUGAAAAUGUUUUCAGAAGAAUGACAGAGUAGAGAUUGAUAAGUUAAAAGUGAGUACUACAUACUUUUUGUAUGUAUGAUGUGCCUGAUUAUUUCUAAGUGGAUAUGAAUACUACCUACUGUUAUCGACCGCAGAUUCAGUAAAAUAAAAGAAAAGAUAAUUAAUAGACAUUAAUUAUACAUUUAACAUUCAAUCUUUUUUUUAAAAAUUAAAAAAAUGAGCUUUUAAACCUGUUUAAAUAAUGUGUUCCAUUAAAAGUGUUUACUAUUCAGGAAAUGUAAUUUGUAAAUGUUUACUUACAUUUUGUAAAUUACUUUUAGAUACGAGAUACAAGUUGUGUUUUAGAAGAUUUCCGAAUUGAAUGUGUAGAUGGCUACCAAGGUGAAGAAAAUGACAUUAUUCUGUUGUCUUUAGUACGCAGUAACAUUGAUAAUAAUAUAGGCUUUUUAAACAUCCAAAACCGAAUUUGCGUUGCCUUAUCUAGAGCUAAGAAUGGACUAUAUAUCAUGGGAAAUAUGGAUAAUCUUAUACAUUCAACUGUAUGGAAAGAAAUGAGUCAAAUACUUAUUAAUCAAAAAUGCCUUGGUUUGAAGAAAAAUUAUUUUUUUAUUUUUAAACGUCUAAUUAAAAUUAAUUUUCAGGAAAUAAAUUGACUUUAUGUUGCGAAAUUCAUAAGGAUUGGACUUCAACCGUUUGUGAUAGUAGUGAUUUUUCUAAAAACCAGUGUUCAAAAAUAUGUAAUAUUAAAAUGGAUUGUGGUCAUCUCUGUCCACAUUUUUGUCAUUAUUAUGAUCAAUCACAUAAAACCUUGUACCGUUGUACAAAGUAUUACAUAAGGUAAAUUAUAAUAUCAAUUUAAAAGAUGUAUUAAGGUGUUUGUUCAUUUUUAUUCAUUUUUAGGACAUUGGCAUGUGGUUUUAAAAUCAAUAUAGAAUGUUGGAUGAGAUUUUUGAUUUUUAAUUGCCCAAAAUAAGGUACAUAUAAAUCAAUUUUCACAUUUCAAUCUACUAUAAAAUUAAUACUUUUAGUAAUAUUGCAGAAUUAAUAAUAUGAAUAAAAUAAAAGUUCUAUUGAAUAAUCCAUUUUUAGAUGAAAAUUUGAUUUCCUCUAAAAUAAAGACUAUUGCACUGUUAUUGUAUCUGUUAAAAAAUAUAUAAUUAAUCUUUUUCCCGGUACAUUUAUAUACCCUAAACUGAGGUCUGUAAAAUUAGUACUAUAACUUCAAUAUUUUUGAAAAAAAAUUUGUAAGUCCAGCCAUUUUUAACUAUUCACUAAAAUUUAUUUCAUGGCUUACUUAAAAACAGAAGUUAGCCAUAGUUCAUUCAGCUUUUCAAUUUUAGUUCAGCAAAUUAUUUUUUUAGGGAUAACUCGGAAUGGAUGACUUACAAAUUAUGUAUUAUGAAUAAAUAAACAUCUCUGUAAAACCAUAAGCUUUUUCGCUCCACUCAGAAUCUAAAACAAUAUAACAAAUGCAUUCUUAGCCCCACUCAAAAUCUAAAAUGCAUAGAAAAAUGUUGUUUAUGUAUAUUAUAAAUUACUGAUGAUAAGAUUAACAUCUUUUUUACUGUUAAAUUAAUUUUAUGUUAACAUUUUAAUUUAUAAUAAAUUUGAUAACUACCUAAUUAAACUUUAUUUUGUAAAAUAAGUGGAUUUAAAAACAAUUAUAAAUUAAACACUUAUCGAAGCCACCAUACUUGAUAUUGUCGGUCAUUUUAAAGUGUAUUAAAUUAAGUUGGUGUUAAUGAAAGAUGUCUUAAUAUUAAUUGUUUUUUUUUUAUUUUUUUUACAGCCUUAAAUGUGGAAAUGCAUAUUAUGUCAAUUUUUGUUAAAUAAAGUAUUAUUGAUCCAAAUCAUUUUAAGACUUAUUGUUAUUUACAAGUAGACCUAUUUAAGACUGAAUUCAAUAAUCAUGUAUUUUGUGAUAAGGGUUAUAUUUAUUUACUAGCAACUAAGAUUUUAGAUUAUUUUUGUUUUAAGUUACUAAUGUAAUAAUCACUACUUAAAAUAAUAUAAAUAAACGUAAAAAAGUCUUGUAAAAUAUUUGUUCGCUAUAUAACUUCUUUUAAGUUAGUACUCGAAUGUGUGUACAUUUUACAUUCUAGUAUUUAUAUUAUUAUUUUAUGUUCACAC